AUGGAGAGUGGACAAUUACUUGUAGUUGUAGAAAAUUUGAAUAAUGGGGGAAUAUUGUGUUAUCAUUCAUUAAGAAUACUAUUUUGUAAGGAUAUCAAGCUUCUCCCAGAAAAAUAUAUAUUGAAGAGGUGGACAAGACAUGCACGAAGUGAUGCAAUGAGUGAUCAUGGUGGAAAGCCAAUCAAUGUUGAUCCUAGAUUGGAAAGCUCAAAACAAUAUAAGCAACUAUGUUCAAGACUUUUAAGAUUAGCUCAUGAUGUAUCGGAUGAUUCAGAAGCAUGCACUAUGGUUUGGGAAGGGGUGUUAGAACUUGAGAAGAAAGUGACUGCGAUUCGAUUGAACAAUCAAUCACAUGGUACUCAUGGCUGA